GUUAUUGCUUCCAUGUAGCUAUGACAUAGUAGCUGACGUCACGUUAGCAGGUUAUCGAACGCGGGUGCAUUGUGAAGGCAGAUGAUAGUUCAUGUCCAUUCUAUGGAAAUCUCUUGCUACUACUACUAAUAUGUGGGAUGUAUACUCGAAAUCUUGGAGGAACAGUGUAGUCGUUAACCUGUUCGUGAUGUUAUGAUUGCGUUCACAAUGAGGAGGGAGUUGGAUGCUGUUCCUGAUAUCCCAUCUCGCAUAUCAGCUGGUUGUCAGCCACAUCUUAAAGAGGAGGUUACGCGACUGGAGGGUCGGAGUGGUGUCGGCGGCGUCAAUCAAGGUGAAGCGUGUAGUACCGUCUUCGUUGAGGUCGACGUCGUACAUGCCGUUGGCAAGGCCGGCGGCGGGGAUCGUGUAAAGCCCCGUGGCGGCCUCAGACUGGGGAGCUGGCACUGCGGCGCUGAGAAUAGUGGCGGAGAGGAGACCCGCGAGAAUGAGACUGUAGUGGACCAUGGCGGCGGCUUUGAAGAGAUUGAUGAGAAGUUGAGCGAGCUAAGUGAGAAGCUGGUUGAGAUGAGAGAAUCUGUUGAUUUUGGAGCGUGUUUGUUGAAACUGUUGGAGCUGUUGGGUUUAUGGUCCAAGAUUGAGCCUUCUUAUACCUGUCCAAACGCUCUAAAUAGAGCCCUAGAGGCUCAUCAAAUGACGAGGAAAUCAUGUUGUGGUAGAUCCCCUAUUCUGUUCAUUUUCGAAGUUUCCAUAUACGCACAACCAUCUCUGUGUCGCGAUCUGGUCUAUAUUGUGAACCGAUUCCCGCUAUGUAUCAGUCACUAGGUAGCUAUAGAUAGUCGUGUUGGUCAUCUGCCAAGAUCCUCGCAGCCCAUGAGUUAUGAAGACUACCGUAUGCCUUUAUCGCGUUGGGUUAGCCCUGCCAAGCUAGCUUACAGCGUGAUUUCCUAAAGAGGACGUAGAGCGACAGCACUUUGCAAAAAGGUCAAUUUUAUUAAUGGAAAUGGUAAAUCUCUACUUCUGUGGGGUGACUGCGGCUUCAUAUACGCAGCUGUGUGGAAGUUUUGAGCAGCCCCACCUAACGUAUAUAGCUUAGCGCUACCAUAUCCGUGUGUGUGUGUGCCCAGGUGAUGCCCUUCCCAACGACCA